GGUUUGAACUGGCGGCCGGGCCGGCUCAGCCUCCCCCGGCCCCGGGGAGCCGGGACCCGGCGGCUCCGUGCGCUGCGGAGAGCGAGGUUACUUUGUGCGCAUUCAAAAUGAAUGGUGAAGAGGAAGUAUGGAGAAAACUCGAUGAAGAAUUUGAUCAGUGUGUUGUGGAUAUGAAGCCUCAUGUUCUAAAACUACAGCAUAGGUCAGAACGAGAGCGAUGUGCAGUGUGGAUUAAAAAGCUGUAUGAUCCCUCUGGAGCGGGCACAGGAGUAGCAGGCAGGAAGAAUCGGAACCUAUAUGCGAAACUCCUGCUCCACAUGCUAAAGCGAGGUGUGCUGGAAGGUCCUUUUACACAUAGACCAGAACGAGGGACGCUGAAAACGUUACCUUCGUACAUGUCGAUUUAUUUUGAUGAACCAAAUUCGAGAAGCGUUGGGAGUAGUAGCCCAGACUGUUUACCUGACUGGGUAAUGGGAGAACUGGGAAACAAUGACUCUAAGCGUGAGGUGUCAUGGAGUAUAUCUUCUAAAGAGGAAUUUUCUUUAGCAACAACACCUACGUAUGGCGAAAGAUUCAAGUACAGCGAGAAGCCAAACUUAAGAUCACAUUCUAUGAGUCCUCCUCACCGUACACCUGAAGACAACCCAGCCACACCACAGUCUGAGCAUCGUCAUAAAAAACCCAGCUCUUUGGAUGACAGUGACCUUGAAGCACGCCUGAAUAGUUGGAAUCUCGGGUUAGAGAAUCCAAGAUACUUGCGAGAAAAACCAAUGCCAGUGUCUUUGAUGACACCCAAAAUGGGCCGAGGAAGAAGCAGCCCUGUACGUGAUGAGCAGGCGUUGUUGCAAAGAGAGCUGGACAUUAAAAUGAAAAUAGCAGAAGGGAAAUUCCAUGAAGAAAAGCUUGAAUUACAGCAGAAGCAUGAUGCUGAUGUUAAAAAGAUUUUGGAUAGAAAGAAUGAUGAAAUAGAAGCCUUGAAGUCCCUCUACAAAACCAAACAAAGUGAAGCUGAGGAGACCAUUAGAAAACUGGAGACCAAAGUUCAGACCCUUCUUCGUGAGUUGCAAGUCAUCAGAGAAGUGAAAGAGAAGCAGAUUGUGGAGUUAAAGAAGAUGUGUGAGCAAAGCAAUGAGUCUUUGAACAAUGAGUGGGAGAAAAGGCUUCACAAUGCAGUGGCUGAAAUGGAAAAGGAGAAGUUUAAUAUCCGGAAGAAGCACACAGAAGAUAUGCAGGAGCUGUUGGAGGACACCAACAUUCGUCUUGACAAGAUGGAGGAAGAUUAUCAGGAACAGAUAAAGUCAACUAACCAGACUGUCAAAGAACUGGAGGCUCGUGUCCAGCAGUUGACUGUGGAGGCUGAGAAUAGUAAUUUACAGCGUCAGAAGUUAUCUCAGGAAAAGGCUGAUGCAGAACAGCGUUACCAGGUGCUGUGCUCUGAACUUCAGGAAGCGAAAGCAAGGCUCAGCUCCUUUCAGAAAGACAAGGACCAUAUUAUACAGGAGUACGAGAAGAACAUUCAGCAACUACAAAGUAAAUAUGAUGUUGAUAUAAAUUUUAUAAAGCAGGAACAUGCUCUCUCUGCAGCUAAGGCAUCCGAUGCAAUUGAAGAAUUACAGCGUAGUGUGGCUCUAUUAAAGCAACAGCUACAAGAUUCAGAACAUCAAAGACAGCAACAACUGAGGGAUCAAGAACACAAGCUUCAACAGGAGAAACUUCACUUGGAGCGUGUGCAUGAAAAACAGGUUCAUGACAUCCGGAAUGAUCUUGAUAAAGAAAGAGGGGAUGCUCAGAAGAAGAUUCGCAAACUGGAAGAGACAUUGAAGGAGAAGGAGGAGCAGCUGACUCGGGUGACAGAGGUACAGAGGCUGCAGGCCCAGCAGGCAGAUGCUGCCCUGGAGGAGUUUAAGCGGCAGGUGGAGCUGAAGUCAGAAAAAGUCUAUGCUGAAAUGAAACAGCAGAUGGAAAAGGUUGAAGCAGAUCUAAGCAGAUCAAAAUCGCUCCGGGAAAAGCAAUCCAAAGAAUUCUCCUGGCAAUUGGAGGAGCUCAAGCAGAGAUAUGAGCAACAGAUAGUGGAGCUGAAGCUGGAGCAUGAACAGGAGAAGACGCACCUAUUCCAGCAGCACAACGCAGAGAAGGACUGCCUGGUCCGAGACCACGAACGGGAAAUCGAGAAACUGGAGAAGCAGCUUCGCGCUGCCAUGGCAGAGCACGAGAGUAAAACUCAAGAAUGCAGGAAGCGAGAUGGGCAGGUUAUCUGUGAUAUGGAGAACCAAGUCCACAAACUGAAGGAAGAGCUUAUUCAGGUGAACACUCAGUGGAAGCAGCAGGUGCUGGAGCUGGGCCAUCAGUGGGAAGAGGAGAAGCAGAGGGCAGCUCGAGACCAUGAGGUGGCACUGAACAAGCUGAAAGUGGAGGCAGAAAAAAAGAUGUUAGACCUGAAAAGGAUACAUACAGCAGAAACAGAGAAGGCUUUAGAUAAGGCGAACUGCCGGCUGAAGCAGGCUGAAAAGGAGUACAGUCAGAAGCUGGCUAAAUCCUCACAGAUCAUAGCUGAACUUAAGACAACCAUUUCCUCUCUGACAGAGGAGAGCAGCCGGCAGCAGCUUGCCGCAGAGCAGCGGCUCCAGGAAGUUGUACAGAAGUUUGAAGAUAAGAAGCAGCAGCUGAUUACAGAUAAUGACAGAGCAAUCAAGGCCUUACAAGAUGAAGUGGAAAGUUACCACAGUCUGGCAAGGGCUGCAGAGAAGAAGCUGCAACACAGGGAGCUGGAGACCCUAGAGCAGAUAACCCAUAUACGACAAGAAUAUGAAGCCACGCUCAAAGGCCUGAUGCCAGCAACUUUGAGACAGGAAUUUGAAGACACCAUUGUAUCUUUGAAAUCUCAGGUAAAUAUUCUGCAGAAAAGAAUCUGUGUCUUCCAGGAAGAGCGGAACGUCUACCAGGCCAGGAGGUAGCUGCUGGAGCUGUUGGAUUUCUUCAAUUGCCAAAUGGACUGCUUUGAAUAGGUUUGAAGAUUUGGCUCUUGUAAAUUCAACUGCAAAGAUCAGUGGCUAUUUUGUUAGUACAUAAAAUGAAGUUCAUAAAAACACAUUGAUUGCUCGUGCCAGCAUGUUUUUAGUUGUAUCUUCCUUCCAUUGUGUUUAUCAUUAUCUCAUUACAGACGUAUACUUUCGAUGUAGUGUGUGAGUCCAUGCUGAGCUUGCUUACUGAGCCCUUAGAGUUUCCUUUACUAAUAGUUUUGCUAUUACUUCCCAGUACCAUUCUUUUCGGUUUUAUACAUGAAGAAAAUCCCAUUUUCUGUUAUUAUUGUCCCAGAUACUUUAACAUAUUUUGACAUUGUUUUGUGUCCAUGUGUUUACAUAAUAUUAAAAUAUUAUUAUUUUGUCCUA